UCUUUAUAUAGCGUUACCCUUAAACACUUCAUCUCAAAGUCCUUGAACUCCACAAACUACCAGCAUACGCCAUCCAGCAAUAUGUGCUCCAGCUCCUGGAACAGCAAGAAACACCCAUUUUUUCUUGUCCUCAAGCAGCAGCAACAGCAGAAGAAGAAGCCUCAUGUCUCGGUCAGUAUCAGGAGGAAGAGGUUGAGGCUGGGGAGGAGAGCCGGAGCAGAGACCAUGGAGUUGGUGAACCUGAAGCUCUACCUGGAGAACCGGUGCAUCGUCGCCGAGAACGAGAGGCUCCGGGAGAAGGCCACCGCGCUCCUCCGCGAGAACCUCGCGCUGAGGGAGAACCUCUCCAAGGCGGCUGCCGAGGCCGGGCUGCCGGCGGCGGGAGCAGGAGCUGCGUGAGACUUCUUCCUCUGGCUGCUAAACAUGGAGUAGCUAGCCUACCAGUGUUCUCUCCUUAGUGAGCACUUUUUGGCGCUUGUGCUAGUUCUUGUAGAAUCCUAGGUAUCUGCUUGGCUGCUCCACCAUGUUUGUGCUCACAAAUCACUAGGUUUUCGGAGCUCUCUUGUGUGUUCUGUAGCAUGAUGCUCUGUGCAUUACAAGAGCAGGAUUCAACUGGA